AUGGUCAGUAAGUCAGCUUUGCUGAUCGUUUUCUCUGUUUUUACUGCGGCAAACGGAUUCUCAUUCAGCGAUAGGAAAUGGGUAGGAUUACUGUAAGGUCUGUAGUAAAUAUUUUGUAGAAAUUCCUUUUGCCGGAAGAUACGAUGAAGAAAUUGGUCGAUCUUGAUCUCCAAGCUCCCUUAAGUCCGAUUGCCAUUGAUAAAGCGGUGGAUGCCGUGCUCUCCAAUCAGUCCUCGCAUCAUCUGGAUCAAUUGCAACUCCCUCCUUUUUACUCUCAACUCCCUUUUAUGGCUAGAUGGCAAAUCAAGGAGAUCCUUUAUGACAAAGUCCUUCCUUAUACGGAUAAACACAAGAUGAUUCGAGAGAUCAUCUUCAGUCUUCCGGAGAAGGAUCGCAGAUUCCCUGUGUUGACGCCAACUGAUAAAAUGGCCAGACACUCCAGAUACUUCGAAGCGUUCAAUGCUUUGCAAUACAAAGUCACUUUCAACUUUAAGUUAAGUGAAAUGAAAGAAUCGUUGAGUGAAGUGGAUUACAACAGUGUUAUUGAUGUUCUGGCUAAUCACAGCUUGAGUCUGGAGGUAAGGAUUAGCUGAAAAAGCGGUUUUAUUUUAUUGCUCUUUCAGGAUAAACUUGCUCAAGUCGAGGAGAUCAUCUCCCGCCAACCAUUCGAAGUUCUGGAUCAACUCUUCUUCACGGGAGUCCCAAUCGUUGACGCCGAAGUCCGCGAGAGAUUCCGCCGUUUGUUAUUGGAGAAGUCGUUGUGGAAAGGGCGAUCACGUAAAGGAAGAGCCCGAAGUGAUUGUCUCAUGUGGCCCUGGUGUAAUGUGGUCUACAAGGAGAGCAAGAACACGAUCAAGGAGAAACCCUAUUAUCUAAAGCAGUUCCUGCCGCCACCAAUGAUGAAGAAACCGUUCAGCGUCACCAUCGUCAAGCCUUACUUUGUUCAACAAGACAGCAAUCUGAAGGGGGAGAAUGAUAAGAAAGAGGAAAGUCGCAUAAAAACAUUGCCGAUCAUUGAGAAUCCGAAGCCAGUCGAAGUCAAAAAGAAGAUCUUGCCCGUCCCAAGCAAAGAAAAUUAUUUCAAGCAGUCACUUCCUAUUGGAGAAGGUGCCAAAAUUGUCAUUAAAAGUGAUGACAAGGCGAAGAAGAUCAAUAUAAUUAAUGCCGCCAGGAAUGAGAAAGCCAAGACUGAAGGGUUCCUGGAUCAACUCUACUUCAAAGAGCACGAAAAUGCAUUGAAAUGGAGCCGGGAUGAGAACGCCAAACCAGUCAAACUCAACCUUCCUGAAAUUACAGUAUCCGCCAAGUAUAUUCAGCAAACAAACCAAGCCGAUACGUUUUCAAAUGGGGAUAACAAGGCUCCCAAACGUCACGAUAUCGCUAAGGAAUCUCGGAAAUGGACUGAAAGAGAUGAGGACAAGUUCUUGGAAGAAUGGUACAAACAUCAUGGAAUUGCCCGAGAUCAGGCGAUCCCGUUGAGAGAGAGAGAUGACCCACUGAAACCAAAGGAGAACGACGAUCAUCAUGUUGACUCGAGGAAGGACGCAACGCUCUCUCCUUUGCCCAAUCCCAGUGAACGAGUCAUCAACGGGAUCCAUUGGAAGAAUGUGAAGCCAACGGCGACUGAGAGUCCAGUUUAUGUGGAGGAUAUGGUAAGGAAUCUAGUCAGACUUGAACAUGCCUUUUCAGGACGAGCGAAAGGCCUUCCCCUCCCCGGCACAGCCCACUUUGGGGACAAUCAAGCCUCCAACAGUCGUCAUCGACAAGGUGGCAUCUCAGAAGUUGGUCGUUCAUCAUCUCUCCAACGGCUCUUCGGUCCUUUCUUUGGAGAAAUUGAAAUCCUCCGAACUCUUGGAACAGAAUCAAACUGGCCUUGGAAAAGAAGAUCCCACUACGAAACCGCUGAAUGACGCCACAACUGACAAUGUUUUGGGGAAACAAAACGAUCAGGUAACCCCGUUUUCGCAUUCUUAAUCCAAUUUCAACCCUCAGCCCGUUGAGUGUUCCAAUUGGAAGGUGUGGAGAUUGAAUCUGGAACUGUGUUCUCAUUCCUGGCUCCCACAUUUCAGGAUUCUCUCGAUAUGAUUGAACGCGAUCACCUGGACAAGUUGCGGGAGGUUUUGGAGCAACUUCAUGGGCAGAUCAAGAAGGCCCGUGCCUACAAACCAUAA